AUGUCUGUGAAAUUACCUUCCGUGAUUGACUCCGAUUCGGAUUCACUUUAUGCUGCUGAUGAAAAGCUCUAUUUGUUUGAAAACAGCAACAACUUGCCAGAUGAUGUUUUGAUCAACCAGAACUUGCCACUUCCACAGGAAAUGAGUGCUAGGUCCGUUAAGGUCCCAGGCACCACGAAACCUGGAUUUUCUGAAAUUUACAGAAAUGGGGCACUUCCAAACGGAAUAAAGGAAACCAUCAUUCCAGAAUUAAACACUUAUCCAAAAAUCUUUGCUUCAUCCGUGAAAAGACAGUCAGGUCAACCCUGUUUGGCUCAUCAUGAAUAUGAUUAUGAAAAUGAACAGCAUUUGGAAAAAUAUGUCUCACAAACUUACCAGCAAGUUGAUAACCGUAAGACCAACUUUUUUAACGGAUUGAUGUUUUUGUUGGAGUCCAACCCAUACAAGAAUCUUUCAUUGGAGUCACAUCAAAGGAUUGUCAAUCAUUCGAAAGAGUAUGCAAGUUUCAAUCAUGAGUAUAUCUCAUUCAUUGUAACCUUGUACUCAGGAAAUAGAGCCGAAUGGGUGAUUACAGAUUUGGCUUGCUCGGCCAACUCUGUUACCACGACAGCACUUUACGACACUUUGGGUCCGGAAUCAUCAAAAUACAUUUUAAACCUUACACAAUCUCCAGUCGUCGUUUGUUCAAGGAAUAAAGUUGAAGCUUUGAUCAAAUUGAAGGCUGCAAACCCAAAAGAAUUGGAAUCGUUGAUCACCAUUAUCUCAAUGGACCCAUUGAAGGUUAAAGGGAAAUCGUAUGCAUCGUUGGUUGAGUUAGCUGAGAGGAACAACAUUAAAUUGUAUGAUUUCGAUCAAGUCGAAAAGACUGGAGAGGUUUUCCCAAGGGAAGAAACAAGCCCAACUCCCAAUACAGUUUAUACACUUACUUUCACUUCUGGUACGACCGGAGCAAAUCCAAAGGGAGUGGUUUUGCUGCAAAGAUCUAUCGUUAGUGCAAUCUUAACUUAUGUGACUUUGUUACCACACCAUAAAUCAAUAACAGAGUUCGAGUUCUUGCCCUUGGCUCACAUCUUUGAGAGACAUAUGUGUUGUGGUGUAUUAACCGCUGGUGGAACUGUUGGGUUUCCUCGAUUGGGUGGAACUCCUCAAACGUUAUUUGAAGAUUUGAAACUUUUCAAACCAAGUUUCCUUGGGUUGGUUCCUAGAAUUCUCACGAAAAUCGAGGCAGCGAUCAAAGCUGCAACGGUUGAUUCUUCCUCCAGGGUCAGUAGAACAUUGUAUUCUCUGGCCAUUGAAGCCAAACAGCUGAAACAAGAGAAGAACGGAGAUAGAGGUGAUCAUUUUCUUUUUGACAAAACAUUGAUCAAAAUUCUACGCUCAAAAUUUGGGUUUGAUAACAUGGAGUCUUGCAUAACUGGUAGUGCACCUAUCGCUCCUGACACCAUCAAGUUUUUGAAAGCUAGUUUAGGUAUUGGAAUAACUCAAGGGUAUGGUUUGAGCGAGUCGUUCUCAGGCGUCUUUCUUGCAUUACCUUUCCAUUCACCAAGUGUUGGGACCUGUGGUGCUAUAAGCCCAACCGUUGAGGCAAGAUUGAGAGAAUUGCCUGAAAUGGGCUACCAUUUGAAUGAUGAAGGUGGACCUCGUGGAGAGUUGCAGUUGCGCGGAGCCCAAAUGUUUAGUCACUACUACAAGAAUCCAGAAGAGACAAAGAAGAGUAUCGAUGAAGAUGGGUGGUUCUCUACUGGAGAUGUGGCUCAAAUCACAAAUGAAGGUUGGUUCCGUAUAAUUGAUAGAGUCAAGAACUUUUUCAAGUUGGCACAAGGAGAGUAUGUUACGCCUGAAAAGGUUGAGAACCUAUACCUUUCAGCCAAUUCCAUCUUGACACAAAUGUUUGCACAUGGAGAUUCAACUCAAUCGUUCUUAGUUGGUAUAAUCGGAGUUGAUCCAGUCGGGAUUGGAAAAUUUCUUGUUGAGAAAUGCAACAUCCCACAAGGAGACUUGGACACGGAGAAGAAAAUCCUUGAGGCAUGUAACAGACGUGAGAUAAGAACUCGCAUUUUGUUACAAUUAAACACAAACGUUAAAACUGGUCUUAAUGGGUUUGAAAAGUUGGCCAAUGUGUACAUUGAGUUUGAACCUUUGAAGUUGGAAAGAGAGGUGAUUACACCUACAACCAAAAUAAGAAGACCAAUUGCUGCCAAAUUUUUCAAGUCGCAAAUUGAAGCGAUGUAUAAGGAAGGAUCAAUUUUGAAAGACCUCAAAUUGUAG